CACAAUACCGGCGGAAAAACCCCAACUAAAACACCAUGUUGUCUGCCACUAGAGCCUUCACUUUAAAAUUCUCUCUUCCAUCUUUCGCAUUCUCCACCAAAACCUGCAUGGAAUCUCCACCCAGAAGCCCUAAAGCCAACAUUUUUAAUUCUUCUUGUCGUUCUCCUUCAAGGAAAGCUGACGCCAAAGACACAGGCUAUGCAUCUAUAACGUUGCAGGAAUGGCAGGGUUGGGGCACUACAUCGCCUGUACCAGCUAAGGUUUUGGAAGUUGUUGAGGAUUUCAAGCUUUUGGAGAAAGCCAAUGAUGCCCAGAUGACUUUUGGUGGAAGCGGGGGCAAACUUCAGGGUGAAUUUAAAAUUCAAGAGGACAAGAAACACAGAGCAACAUAUGAGGCUUUAGGUGAUUCUGAAAAAAAGAUUCAGUUCUUUUCAGCACGGCAAAUAGCUUGUCGUGUGCUUGGAAGUAGAGAUUAUCUUUGCCAGAAGUGCUGGCUGCCUCUGGAAGAAGAUUGCAUGUGUUCAAAAGUCAAACACUCCUCUCUAUGGCCUGGUGUACGUUUCUGGUUGUAUAUGCAUCCAAAGGAUUUUCUACGACAAAACAACACUGGAAAAUUGUUGUGGCAAGUGUUUGGAGUUCAAUCAGCUACUUUAUGCUUGUUUGGUAUUCCUGAGCAUGAAGAAAUCAUGUGGAAUGCAUUCAAGCUUGCAGGAAAGGACAAGGUUUGGUGCCUUUAUCCCAACAAAAAUGCAGUUACAAUGUCAGUUUACGAUGCUUUUGGUCAAGGAUUUUCAGCUGAUUUGGAACACUCCCCCACUGUGAAAAAUGAAGACAAAACCUUGAAUUUUGUUUUGAUUGAUGGCACAUGGAGUAACUCUGCUGCAAUGUUUAGGCGAUUAAAGGAGCAAACAAAGUCAGUUUGGGGAGAGGAGGACCUUCCUUGCAUUUCCCUGGUUACAGGUGCAUCUACUAUGCACAAACUUCGGCCUCAGCCAUCAUGGGAUCGUACCUGUACGGCAGCAGCAGCUAUUGGACUCCUCUCUGAACUGCAAUGUCUUCCAGGGUUCAAUUCCUGCGGAUUGGAUAAACAGGUGGAAGCAUUAGAGGACGCCUUAGUUGUUUUAUUAGAAGCCCUAACAGCUCGACGUCUUAGGAUGGGCAGGUCGAUAACCCGUAAAGUGAGACACAUCAGCAAUAUCUGUUAAGGACAAGCUAGGUAUCGUAUUCUUUAGAGUUGAGACAAAGUGUCCAAAUUACAGAGGUUUGUGCUGUGAAAUCAUUUAUCUUUUCAUAUACUUUCUUCUAGUAACUUCUUCCCUUAUUGACUGUUUAAAAAUGAAAUAUCCAAGUAGCAAAGCCACAUGAUUAGUGGAUAACAUGCAAAUGCUAUAUAAGCUGAUGAAUCUUAUUUAAAAAAACCAAAUUCAGCUUGUUUUGGUUUCUGUUCAUUUUUUUUUUCUCUUUUUCCUUAUUGCUUUCUCUCCAAUACACUUGAGCAUUAUAUCCAACGUAAACAUUAACAUAUUUCUUUUUUCAAUUACAGGUUCCCAAAUUUUGCUUCAGUAUGAUGCUAAUUUUAACCGGGUGUGAUUUUUACUCUAAUGAUGCGUCACAUGGUAGUUCUGCAAUGAUGUGGCUUAUACUUUCAUGUAGGUUCAUUUUGGAAUAGUUCUUCACAUUUUCGCUUAUAUUUCGGGAAAAAAAAGCUGAUUUUUGUUGUGCAACUGCUGCUAGUAUUAUAAAUCUGAGAAAACAUCUCUCUCACCAGCUGAAAGAAAUCUUUAAGUUGGAUACAUUUGCAGUCCUGAGAAGAGAACGGUUGACAUCUCAAUUGCCAAUGACCAAAAGCAGCUGGUAGGAUACAAAUACAAAAUAGUUUCAUAUUCUAUCUUUUAGAUUUGAAUGUUGAUUCAGUUUACUUAGAUCUUUACAUCCCAUAUUUCAGCAAUUUUGAUUCAUUAAACAUCAUUACAGCCUGAAUUUCCCUGUUUUCAUAGUAAAAAAAAAAAAAAAUCAGGAUGCUGACUUCAUGAUCAAGAGCAAUCCUUUAAGCCAUCGGGCACGCAGGCAUAUUAUUGUUUUUGCCAGUUGAUGCAAAUUGUACCCUACAUUCUAUCAAUAAGCUAACAAGAUUACCAUUUCUUCA